AUGAAGGUGAUCCAACAGAAGAAUGUAUACUUCGUAGACUUGGGAAAGCGCAUAUACAGGGGGUUUUCCGAGACAGUAAUAGAGAGGGAAGCUGGGGAAAGCGUUCUUGUGUACAGAUCAAGGGACCUGGCCAUUUUAAGAGUCGAUGUAAUAGCCUCUGGUAAGUCAAGGGUUGCAGAUUAUGUGAACAAAGAUGGAGCAGAAGUCAUCAACGAGAACGAAAUGUCUUUUACUAGAAACAUGUGGAAGAACAUAAGCACGGACGGUACACUCGAAAUCCAAAUACCAGAAGAAGUCAAGGAAAAUACAUUUACAGUAAGGAUUCUUUAUAGAGCAGGGGAAAAUAACAAUUCCAUAGAGUUCUAUAAGCCGGUUUCGCCAGAAGACAAGCAUAAAGAGAUAGUGGCAACCAACAGAAUGUUCGAUUCCUCGUCAAUAUUUCCAUCUCUCUCGGUGCCUUAUAAGAACAAGUGGGAGCUGGUUUACAUUCUUCCCAGUAAUGAUGAAACGAAAAUCAUAUCACCUGGAAUCCUUAAGAGUGUAAGGGAGGAAGAGAACGUGAUACUGUACUCUUAUGUUGUGGACAUGGCUCAUAGUGGAGCACUGAACUUUUGCAUAGGAACAUUCGACAGUUAUGAAAUCUCUACUGGAGACGACAGAAAGGCUGUAUGUAUUCCAAAAGGAUUUGAUGGGUACAAGGACUGUGUAAGAGAGUUUUGUUGUGACGUAGAGAACCUGAUUAGAUACUCAGAAUAUUUCCUUCAGAGAGAAUAUCCGUUCAAAGCUCUUUCAAUUGCAUUUGUGUUUGGAGAUACAGAUAAGGUGUAUGGAGAGUGCACGGCCUUUUUGGCCCUGUCAAAUCUUACGUUCUUGAACGACAUCGAGCCAAUGUUUCUUCUAAAGAGGAUAAUAUGCGACAUACUAAGCUCCCAGAUAUUUUACUUCUACUUUUCUGUAGUGGAAAAAGCAGACUUUUGGAUUGCUGAGGGGAUGAAGGGAUACUUUCAGGACUAUUGUGUUAGACAUUUUCUUGGGAAUAAUGAGUUUCUAUAUGGACUUAAGAGGGAUAGAGAUUACAUAUUGGGUAGAGAUGUUACAGAAUAUGCAUUAUAUGAUACCAGGAGGACUUUCUUUUCAAUGAGAGAAAAGUUCUUCAGAACAAAGUCCAAAGUCUUCUUUCAUCUUUUAGAAGGAAAUCUUAGUAGAGCCUUUAUGGAAAAAAUCCUGAACUACACCAUAAAGAAAAAGGGAGAUGUCAAGGAGAAUUAUAGCUUCGAAUUUGUCAAGCUCGUUAAAGAUGUUACUGGAAAAGACCUUCGAUCUCUUUUCGAAACUUAUGUAUUUAGGCCUGGGGUCGUGAAGGUAAGGCUUGGAUUUACAAUAAAUAAGAAAAGCAACAGAGUAGAUUUCACUUCUGAUCAGAUACCAACUAGCAUCUUUUCGAAUGGAAACAAGGUAAUCUCUGGGCCUGUGACUAUAUGUAGUUAUGAAAUGGAAGGGAUAUUUGAACAUGUAUUUAUGUUGGAUAGGGAAAACCACUUCUAUUACCAUCCAAAAACUAAGAAAAAGAAGAAGUCUGAGGAGGAAGAAGAAGUGAUGCCUUUGCUGUGGAUAAGAGCGGACACAAAGGGAGAGCAUUUGGCAAAAAUAGUUGUGGAGCAGCCAGAUUAUAUGUUCAUAGAGCAACUUCUGGACAAGAAUAUCAUUGGACAAAUGGAGGCCUUGGAGAAUCUCUCGAUAAAGCCAUCGACUCAGGUUUGUGAGAUACUUGAAAGAAUGCUUGAAAAUACCCAUAUCUUUUACAAAAUAAGGAUUCACAUUUUAUACAUUCUCUCUAGAACAAUAGUAGGGAACUAUUAUGGAUUCCAAAGGCUCAUUCAAUAUUUUGUGAAGAAGUAUUGUGUGCAGACAUCUACAAUAGUCAAGCCAAAUGAUUUUUCAUUUAUUCCAUACUUCAUACAAAAACAUCUUGUAAAAGCUCUAUCGUAUGCAGAUCCAUUUGUUUUUAAAAGCUAUUCAGGAAGAGAGGUGGGGUCUGCAAGCAUCAUUUCUGCAUUUAUCAUCAACAUACUCAAGUUUAACGAUAAUUCGUUCAACCCUUAUAGUGAUGGAUGGUACAUAUCUUCUGUAAUUGAAAGUCUGAGCCUUCCCCUUUCUUCAAUGAGCUUUUCUGAAUUCUAUUCCAACAAGUACACAGAUCUCAAGGAUGAAAGAUAUUUCUCUCAUGGGAGGGAAAAUACAAGGGAUGAUAUAAAUGAGCUAUUCAAGGGGGAAAGGGUUAAUAGGAAAGGCAUUAAGCACAGUACCCCGGGAUACGGUAUUUCCGAUGUAGGUAACAAAGAGAGCAUCGGGACAUCCAGCCCAAACGAGGACCAUGAAAAUACACCGUCGUUAUACAGUUCGUUAGCCAAUGCAGAGGUGAAAAUGAGAAGCAAUAAGCCCUCGAGGGAGUAUAAAAAGGGACCAAAGACAGAACCUUUGGAGAAUCCCGAUUAUCUCCAACUCUCGAUUUCAGAAAUCGAAAGGUUCAGAAUUUUGGAUAUGGUUUUCCCGUCUCAUAGAAAUUUGGUAAGUAAGUCUUGUCUAUAUGCCCUAGGACGUCUUUCUUUGUUUGGAAUGGCAAGCCUCAGGAAAAAUGCUUUAAUUCAGCUUUCGAAAUAUCCUAACUUUUGUAGCGUCAGAGUUGCAGCACUUGAAGUUUUGCUUGCAUUAUUUUAUGAAGACGAAGAGGUAGUCGGAGAUGUCCUCGAGAUGUUAUCAAAGGAAACGUUUACCAUAAAAUGUAUGGCUUUUGAUAUUAUGAUAACCCUUGGGUUGUCUCCAAAAUUUGGCUUCAAGAAGGUUUUGAAAGGAAAGAGAAAAAAGAUAUUUGAAUUGUUAAGGCUUAACCAGGGAAGCAUUAUCAUUAAGGAGAAGAUCGCUAGUCUGAUAUAUCUUAUAGAGGACAUGGAGCUGGAGCACGAUGACUACCACAAAACUAUGGUUGAAGUCUAUGAAGAAACUUUGCCUGAUGAUUUGCGUAGAACUAUUAAUCGCUUGGGUAGGGAGUUUGUGGGAGACAAGCAUACAAGUCUAAGGUUGAGUAAUAUAGACAUUCUCAAAAGAAAACUUUUACAGACAGAAUAUCUUAUUAGAGUUCCUCUUCCAAAAAAGGAAAACCGGCUUGGUAGAUCUGUGGGGCAUGAGGAAGAACCUCUGUAUCCAAGGGCAAACUCAGAUUCACUCAAAAGGAUAGUCUAUGUGAAGGCUCUUAAUAAGAAGGCCACGGUUGAUAUGGAGAGCGCAAAGAAGCAUUCUCAGAAUAAUCCCCAAGCAGAAAUCAACAGCCAAAGUAUUGGCACCAUAGUUAGGAUUCCAAGCUCUUUCAAAGUUAGGCUCAAGCACCCUGGAGAAUAG